UACAGUUGCAAUCAGACUGCAGAGAGUUUUGCGUGCAGCAACACUUAAAACUACAUUUUUAAUGGAAGUUGAGCCACUGGAUGCUUCAAAGCAUCAUGGUCAAAAUCCACCAAUCAAUAGUUAAACCUGGGGGCCAGUUCGAAAUACAGUGCUCAAAUAUCAGCAAGACUUUGUUUCACUGCCUUCUGUGUCCCAAAUUCAAGCCAACUACCAGCAAGAAGAUCCAGAGACACAUGGAUUGCCAUAUCAGCACUGCAUUGCAUGUUAAAGAUAACAUCAUCUGCAGAUGCAAUCAGCCAUGCAGACUCACGGGUCAUUAUCAUUGCCCCUACUGUGAAAAAACAAUCAUACGGAGGGAAGAUAUGGAAAGCCAUGCGCUCGGAUGUCAAAAUAAACCUCCUCCAUCACUCACAUUGGAACCACUCUUAUUGCCAUCACUACUCUGCACUGCUGCUUCCCAGGAGAUUUCAAGAUGCCCUUCUUCAGCGACAACAUCGGCAGCAGUACCCCCUUCUCCACCUGCAAAAUCACCAGAACCCCCACAUGCUACAUCGGCAGUGCCCCUUUCUCCAUCUGUGACAUCAGUAGUUGCCCCUUCUCCAUCUGUGACAACAGCAGUACCCCCUCCUCCAGCUACGACAUCAGCACUACCCCCUUCUCCAGCUACGACACUGGCAGUACCCAACUCAGAGCCUCACCCAAGCCUGUUGAAUCUGCUGGAGGAGCCUAUGGAGUGUAAUACAUCAGUAGUAGAGCAAGACCAUUGUUAUACGCUUCCACCCUCAGUUUCUCUCCACUCCCCUGUAGCUUCACCAGUAUCCAGCGAUAUCCCCGCAGCUUCACAACCAGAGGCCUCGAGCACAGAUGCUCGUUCACCCGAGGGCUCAGUUAAGGAUGCUGCAUCGUAUCCUGACACAAUGACGCUGCCGUCUUACGGUAUCAGAAGUUUAAGAUUAGUGCGGUGCCCUCACUGCUCGCUUCGUCUUUACAAGAAAAACCUGGGUGCCCACAUAAAGAGGAAGCAUGGGGGGCUAAAGGAUAUUACUGCUGCUUCACAUCUUAAAAACGUGUGUGUUGAUGAAACACGUGGAAUAUUUGCUGUCCAAAGAGUUGCUCAUGGGUUCUCUGUGCCGAUACAUGUACAGCGCAAAACAUGGGGAAAACAUCAUCAGAUAAAAUGUGGGUUGGAGGAAUGUCACAAGUACCAGUUGCUUGCAAAGCAGAGUGGGCUAAUUUACAGCUUGUGUGAGCACAUUCGAUCGCUGGAUUACUGCACCAAGAUUGCUUGCGAGGAGUUUCUUAAUCCGGAGGUUCUUGAGGAAUUGGUGUCUCUGCAUAUUGUCGAAGAAUCUAUGAUGGCAACCUGCAAAUUGAGGCAAAAAGGAGCAGAGAAAGACCAUGUGCCUUUUUCUGUGUUGGUGGAUUUGGGAGGUUCCACACAUCAACUUUGUCUCUCUGUGCAUGAGCCCAAAAUACGCAGUUUCUCCUCCUUUGGGAGAGUUAUAGUCACUUAUAACUUGAAAAAACAAACCUGGCAUUGCCCCUGUACCAACCCUCGUAAAUCAUGUCCACACAAGAGCAUCGGUAAGUGGCACGUGUUUCAAACUAGGAAAGACCUCCUGCCCGCUUCAACGCAAGAGACAUUUCAGUCUCACAGUAAUCCUGCUACCACAGAGCUGGAGAGAAGUGUGAGAUACACUUAUGCAGAGAAGAAAAUACCUGCAACUCUUCCUGGAGAUGCCACUGCACCAAGAGCACUGACAGAUUAUCCUGCAUGUUUGAUUCCUACUGAAGAAACAUGCAAGCUCUGUCAAGGCCAUCCCAGAUUAGAAGAUGGAUUUCUCAUCACAGACAAAGCUACAAUAGUCAGCAUGAAUGGUGUAAAUCACAACAUCUCGACUUACAAUAAAAGAUGCCCUAAAUGCCACAUGGACUACCGGUACCAGGAAUGGCGAGAUGGUCUUCACAACUUUAAUGAUCAUGUCAUCUUGACUCUAGAGCUUUGCCUCUAUAUGCGAUACAACCUACAGAAUCAUGUGUCGGUGUCCAGACUGAUCAGCUGUUUGGAGAGUUUUCGGGGCCAAAAGUUUCCCGCGAUCAACAUCAUUUUUCAAGCCUAUUGUCACUUCGAGGCUUUGAACAACACAGAGUACAGUUACUCCUGCGUAAACUGUGGCUUUUCCCCUGCUGUUGUCAUGAUGGACAUCCACAGAAACAGAGUCUCCAAACUGGAGGUGAGUGAAUUGGAAACACCUCCUGAAGACUUUGAUGGACAACACAACAUAGAGGACUUCUGGGACUCUGUACAUCUGGAAAUGAUCAGUCAAGGCUUUUUUCCCAACUCUUCAACAAAUCCGUUUUUGGUUCGUCCAUCUUAUGAACGCUGGGCUCCUUGGAUUGGGAAGGAAACCCGCAAAUCCGAUAGUGUCCUCAACACCGAAUUCAAAAAGAUGCCCACAUCUGAGACUGCGGGAGAACUAAGUAGUGUAACUGCAGACCGUCUUUGUGAGGAUUUGCUCAAACAAAAUGAAGCAACUCUCCGAAGUCUGUGCAAAAGUUCCAGUGUUGACUCUAGUGGAUCUCGUGCAGAUCUCAUCUUCCGGCUGAGGGAGAAAGUGAAGAAUCAACAGACUUAUGUCAAAGUGCAUCAAUCUAUCUGGGGUACCUCUGGUGGAUGGUGUGUAGUUUCUUGCCCCCAUGGCAUCGUUUACAGUCUGAAAUUCAACUUGCAGACAGAAAGUCCAAGAGAUUUUGCUGACCUUCUCCUGUCAUGGAAACAUUUCCCAAAUGUCUGCCUGUAUGACUCAGCACAUGGUUUAGCAACACACACAAACUCACGAGUUCCUGACAACCCCCCUUUUCAUCCACAUGAAGGAAAACCAGCUGCUCCGACAUCAAAGAACUUGGCUAAAGCAGUUCAUCGGAAACUGAAGGUGCCCCUGCCAUGGCUCAGAGAAAAACUUGAGCAUUCAGAAGAAAAUGCACAUCCGGUAACUGGAUCAAGCCACCAUUACGCACUUCACGACAGACUUCACCAGGGUAACACAAAAGACCCACAUGAUGUGUUGCGAAGGGUUAAUCUGGUACCAGAACUCCAGGACUGUGUUAACAGUAAGCUGGUGAAGCGGCUGUUUACUUACAUGAGAAAAAACAAUUAUUUCCUGAACAGCGUGGCACCUUCCACACACAUGUUCAUAAUGAGAAACAUGAUCGAACACAGGAACGUGUGUUGUAACUCACAGCUUCUGGAAACGCAGUUAAAACGAAUUCAGCAACUCCAACCCUCGGACCCCACUGCCAUGUCCGACACGGGUCAGACCGCCACGGAUGACUCCCAUUGCCAAUCACAUGGAACAACUUAAUUUUCUGAAAGGAUAAGGCAAGCUGAUUCGUUUGUACUGAAGAUAUGAAUCACACAUACACAAAUAUGUUGUUAUUUUUUUGAAAACGCUAAUUUCCUAAAACAGCUGGUUACUGUUAUACUUAAACAGGAGUAAAUAGUGCGUUUCUUGGAAUAUUUUCAGUUGUGGAUUUGAUGUGCUAGAGAGUAUUAUUGUACUAAUAAACUACCUACCAUACAGUCUAUCAGGCUUAGGUUACACAGACAACACUUGUGAGGAGAAAUUCAUUUUUUGGUUUUGGUCAUUAUGUGUGAUUCGCAGGCAAGAAAAAUAUAGAAUAUUUUCUUUUUUUCCUGCUAUGAGUUUGAGUUUGAUAUUCCACUAAAACUUGUUUUUAGUUUGUGUCAGUAUUACAACUUGAAGCCUCUGUACACUGAUGGUUUGAGUGUAUCUUUUGAUACUGGUAGAGAUCUCCUACAGUUUGGACAGCCGGUAAUUUUUUGCACAUUUUGUUGUCAUCUGAAUAUUUCGUGAGAUACACUGUUGAAACGAAAAAAACAAUAGCUUUGUCGUUUUCUUAAGAUUUGUUUUACUGAGAAUAUUUUUCAAAAAACAUCUCGUCCUUUUACCCAACAACAGCUUAAAAAACAUGCUCUUCAUCAAACAGCAUAAUUUAAGGCAUGUGUGCUUUUUAAAACACAUAUCUGUUUAUUCAUAUUUUGCGAGGUGGCAGGUUUGGAAAGACAAAGGUAAAAUAAUUCACACAUGAGCCAAAAUAAGAAUGCGUUUUUUUUGGUUUUAGCUGGAACAACUGCUCACUAAAACAAGAAAUGAAAAUGCAGUUUGUUAAAGACAAUGUAUAACCACAUCUUGGUCCCAUGAAGAAAUAUCAACCUUUAUCUAUAUACUCUGUAACAAUAUUCAUCUGUAGUUUUUGUACAAUAAUACACGUAGAAAUAUAUCCAGCCACAGUACAGAAUGUCCAGCUUUGUCCCUUUUUUUGAAUUAAAAUAAGAAUCUACAACAAA